CCCCAGCCCAGCCCCAGCCCAGCCCCAGCCCAGCCUUCCUCCUCCUCCUCCUCCUCCUCCAGCUCCGCCGCCGCUGCCGGACACGCAGCCGCAGGCCGGGCCGGGACGCAGCUGGGAAGUGAGGGACGCGCGCAGCCAGCCCUUCCCCCUCCGGCUACCGCACCGCCGGCCGCCUCCCCUCGCCCUCCGCUCCCCUCCCUGCUCCUGCUCUUCUCCUCUCCCGGCCCCGCUGCCAGCACCAUGUCCGCAGGGGGAGAUUUUGGGAACCCACUGAGGAAAUUCAAGUUGGUGUUCCUGGGGGAGCAGAGCGUCGGGAAGACGUCUCUGAUCACACGGUUCAUGUACGACAGCUUCGACAACACGUACCAGGCUACUAUUGGAAUUGACUUCUUGUCGAAAACUAUGUACUUGGAGGAUCGUACGGUGCGACUGCAGCUCUGGGACACUGCCGGCCAGGAGCGGUUCCGCAGUCUGAUCCCCAGCUACAUCCGCGACUCCACUGUGGCUGUGGUGGUGUACGACAUCACAAAUCUCAACUCCUUCCAACAGACCUCCAAGUGGAUCGAUGAUGUUAGGACAGAGAGGGGCAGUGACGUAAUCAUCAUGCUGGUGGGCAACAAGACGGACCUCGCUGAUAAGAGGCAGAUAACCAUUGAGGAGGGAGAGCAGCGCGCCAAGGAACUGAGCGUCAUGUUCAUCGAGACCAGUGCAAAGACCGGCUACAACGUGAAGCAGCUCUUCCGACGUGUGGCCUCAGCUCUGCCUGGAAUGGAGAAUGUCCAGGAGAAAAGCAAAGAAGGGAUGAUCGACAUCAAGCUGGACAAGCCCCAGGAGCCCCCGGCCAGCGAGGGCGGCUGCUCCUGCUAAUGCAGCCUCACCUGGCCCCCUCUGACACCACUCGCUUGUUGUGUUGCUUCCUAUUGGUUAGCUUCCUAAGGGGGGUGGGAACGAGCUCAUCAAGAUGGGAGGAUUUUUCUUUUCUCUCUGUCUCUAGGAGUAGGGUGGGGUGGGGGGAGGCUGGGCAUCAGGGAUCACGUCACUUAACAGCUGUUACUUAAACGACUAUUUUUUGGUUUGGUUGUAAUAUAUUGUACUUUAUUAAGAUUGCCAAAAACUGUUAAAAUUUAAAAAAAAAAUUUAAAUCAUGUGUAUACUACUUUUUGCCAGAUAAAAAUGUAGUCAUUUUUAUUUGAAAAAUGUGCUUUUUUUGUUUUUGUAUAUUUGUAAACUUACAGAGAACCUUUCCACACACCUCCUCCUUCCUGUCCUCUUGGAACUGUUCACACCUCUGCCCUCCUCCCAUUCCCUGCCCAGGAAGUUAAAUUAGUUAACCGGGCAACUUAAUUAGGCUCCAAUUCUGGGUCUAUAUAGGCCCUACCUGGUUAAAUGAAACACGAAUUGAACAAAACAGCCUUGGAAGAGAUAGCUUUCAUUCUGUCCUUCCUUGGCCAGCAGCCCCUGCUCAGGGUGGGAACUGAGCCCCGGGGGCUGCAGGAAGCCCACAGCUGGGCCCGUGGAGCAACCUCCUCCCCUUUCUCCUCCCUGAAAAUCCUUGAAGGGGGUGGAGGACACUUGUGUUCCCGCAGCCUGCCUGAAUGUCAGAGCAAGAGGGCAUCGGAAGGAUGGGGUGCUGUUGGCAGCAGUGGGCUGUGUAGAUAUGUGGGUGACAGACUUGGGGCACCAAGUGGAGUUCUGAGAAUGUUUUCUCCAACCUGCCCAGCAUUCAGCACACAUAUCUGCUGCAUUUAAAGAAAGGGCAAAGAGAAAUGCAGUUUGUGCUCCCUGGAGUUCUCCCGGGACAUAGGGCGAGUCGGUCUGUGGCUGGCUGGGGAGGCUUUUCUGUGGCGCCUCUGCCCUUAGGAUGCACCGUGUUCUCAGACCCUCAGUUGCAAACACCCGAGUGCUGCUCUGGAAAAGCCAGCUCUUGCUUUGCUGGUGCCCACCGGUGCGGGCAGCUGUAGUCCUCGAGCACGCACCUUUGUGGGUGCUGUAGCAGCUCUGUGGUCACCUGAGGGGAGGGCUGAGGUGGGGGCUCCAGAAGGCUGUGCAGAGAAGGCUGUCUGUGUCAUUUUUGACUCAUUUCUGAGAAGGGCUCAGUCUUGGGGACCUGUAAAAUCUCUGAAGCAAAUUCUCUUUUCUCACUAAGUGACGCCACCCUCCGCUGGGGUAACGUUCUGAACACAUCGGAUGCCCCCCAACUCGGUCUGCACAAAGCAGGCAUGCGGCCACGCUGGCCCAAAACAGUUACCAUGGUGUUCACCGUGGCCUGGGCUCUUCCCCCAGGCUGCUGAUGGCCAUGUUGUGUGGACUCGAUGACCACCUUGAGGGGCAGGUGGGGUGGGGGGUUCCUCCACAAAGCAGGGUUCCAACAAGUCGUUGCAGUGAAUUUUGGAGCUUCUCAGAAACUAGUUUAAAAUGGCAGCAAAACCUGGCAGGACUCACUACUGUUUGUCCACUGGACCUGUCACAUGCUUUCAGCUAAAGAGGCAGUGUGACAGUGUAUCAGAGGAGUUUCUCUUCAGGUGAAGCAAAGAGGAAGCAGGAUUCCUAGCAGGCUUUUCCAGAAGGCAAAGACCAAUGUACGGAUGUAAUUCCAGUGUCAUGUGUUUAGUUUUUAUAUGUGUGUACAUACUUAUAUAUAGAGAUAGACUUGUGUAUACACUUUCCACAGACACAUUCACACAAAGAUUAAUGUGCUCGAUGUAUAUUCUUGCUUUUCCUGCUCUCAAGUUGGAACUUGCAUUGUGAUAACAGUUUUGGGAAAUUCAAAAGUACUGCAACGUGUUGAAAUAAGAAUUACUUAAUAUUGUCAAAUUUGUGAUUGUCUUGCCAUCAAUAAAAUAAUGCAUAGAUGUGUUCAACUGCAGGCAAAAAUAGCCCAUGGAAACAGGUGCACGGUGUCCUGCGUGCUCCUGUGCACCUGUGUACAUGCCCAGGUGGGCUAGUGGCCACCCAUGCGGCGCCCCAUCCCCACCCCCCCAGUGGUGCUUGUUGGAAGUGCUUACUUUGCAAGAAUUUACAGGAGUCCACAUCGCAAGAUCUGGCCUGGCUGGCAGUGGGGGCCAGCUUGUGGCCUCUGGGAUGGUCCCAUUUGCAGGGGUCUGCAGUGAACGAAUGUAUGCUGGACUUUUAUUUUCUUGGUAAAAAGAGUAAUUUUUCUUAUAAUGGUCCUGUAAAAAAAAAAGUAGAAAGUUCCUUUUUUAUGUGUACACAUAUCUAAGGCACCAUGAAUUUUGUUUCCCCUCACUGCCUAGAGGAGCAGUAAGAGACAGAGUCACUUGGCUUGACAAGGCAUCAGUGAGUCCUGCCUCUUCCUGCACCCACUCAGUGUCCUCUCUCUGAGUUCAGCCUCUUUACAGCCUGUGGGCCUCAAAGGCGAGGGCAGUUGCCUCCUUUGUGCUCCCAUCUUAGUGUGCCAUGCCUUGCCCCGCCUCUCCUCAAAUCUGAUCACCACCCCUCACUUCCUGGGGUCUCUUAGGGCAGCCAGACUCGACACAGUGCACUGGUUCCCUGCCUGUCAUCUUCAGCAGGUGCCAUCACUGUCCUCUGCUCACAGGUACAUUCAGGGCUCUAUGACGACAUGAUCUCAUUCCCUUGGCAACCUCAGUGAGAGCAUUACACCCCAAGUCCAAGGGGGCAGCACAAGCAAAUGGAGGAAUCCUGUUAGGAAAUGACCUCAUUGUAGUUGGAACUUCAUUCCCUCUCCCCACGACUAGCCCAGACCUGGGAGAUAAGUAGGGUGACUUCAUCUUUUGGCUUUCUUUGGAGAGGGGAAGAUCUUAGAGAAAAGUUGCAGUAAAGCUCUUUCGCAGGCGUCAGAAAAACUGAGUGUCAGAUGGAAAGAACUGUACAUGCCCGAAUGUCAACGACGGCGUGAUGUGGGGAGUGCAGGGACUGAAGGUGUGCAGUCCGACGUUAGCAUGCUUGGUGCUUUGAAGCAAGUUGCCUUUUUGGAAACCUCCUUGUUGUCGUUCUCAUCACUCUCCCUGUGAGCAUCUUGAUCAUUUUGCAAUAUGCCCAGGCCUGAGGUGCAAUGGCCAGGCCAAUUAAGUGUCUCAGGCAACAGAAUGGAGGUUGGAAGUGAUGGUAGCUAAGGGUGCAGACCUCCUCGCCUUCCUGGUGAUCAGCCAGUGCUGGGAGCAGCUGCCCUCAAGGACCAGGUGGGAUGAUGGCACCGCUGGCUUCGGUGUCCUGCAGACAAAGCAGCCUCAUUCCUCCAUGAGGUGGAAGGCAGGUGAGGACAGCAGUUGAGAAGGAGUUGAGGCAGGUGAGGCAGUCUGAGCCACGUGAGGGGCAGCUAACCAGGAUGUGCGCCAACCCAGCAGGGUUGCAUGCCCAUGAGUUUCCAAACUACCUCUGCCCUUCGAAAGUGAAGCAUCGUCCGCUGGCCACACAGCAAGGUGGAGCGCGUGUAACCACUGCAGAACUGAGGCACAAGGCGACUUGCUUAUGCUCACCCGGGAAGCUGGAUGCAGUCAGCGUUCUUCGUCCGCGGCCUGUGUGUCCAGUGUGACCGUGCGCUUGAACGCAAGAGGCUGCUGUGCACGGGGACCCCUCAAACCUGUUUACCCUGGUUAGGAUGUAAGUUCUCGCCAGUGCUUCUGCAUGAGCCAAGGAGACCCAGUGUAAUGUAAAGGUUCCUCUACUGCACAGAUGAGCCUUCCCAGUUCACUCUGCUGGUCUUGGGCCCCACACAGGCACCCUUAAUUUGUAGGAAGCAAUUAUGUAGGUAUUCUGAAACCUUGGGCUCUUGAUGUGUAAACUCCUUGGGCUUCAGAGCAAGUCUGGCCAACAAUCCCAGCAGGGCACGGCUUAGGAAGAAAGUGGGAUGUGGAUGUUACUUUCAGUGGAAAGCCUCCAUACACUGAAGGCCAGUCUGUACCACAUGGUGUGUGUUAACUCGCCCCUCAAUUUCCCUCCCCCACCCCUCAAAAGUGACUGAGGAACACAGAGAGUGGCAUUUCCAUCUCUUACUGGCUCAACAGGCAUAAAUGGCCAUACUGACUUUACAUAAAACUGUGUAAAAUGUGGAAGACUCAGCAUGUUGAUCAAACAAUAAAUUGUCCUAAUUCUCAA